AUGGAGAAGGUUGCUGACAAACGUACUGCAGAUGUACAAAGUACUGAUGUGGACCUUCGUAUCCUUACUAUGUCUAAGCUCACUGGUGGCCCUCCUGAUGAUCAGAAUGAUAAUCAAGUGAACUUACCCAAAACAGCAUUAGACGACAUUAAAAAGAUGGCCCGUAGAGCCUUUUCACCCCAAGCAGGCACAAAAGAAAAGACUCUGUGUUGUUGGCUUUGUACCUCAGGCCCAAUAUCUUUAAGUGCCAAAAUUGAAAGAAAGGGCUACACCCCAGGUGAAUCAAUUCAGAUCUUUGCUGAGAUUGAGAAUUCCUCUUCCCGUAUUGUGGUGCCAAAGGCAACCAUUUACCAAACACAGGCAUUCUAUGCCAAAGGGAAAAUGAAGGAAGUCAGACAGCUUGUUGCCAACCUCCGUGGGGAAUCCUUGUCAUCUGGCAAAACAGAAACCUGGAAUGGCAAACAGUUGAAAAUUCCACCUGUUUCCCCUUCAAUCCUCGACUGUAGUAUAAUCCGUGUGGAGUAUUCACUGAUGGUAUAUGUUGAUAUUCCAGGAGCUGUGGAUUUAUUCCUUAACUUACCACUGGUCAUUGGUACCAUUCCUCUACAUCCAUUUGGUAGCAGAACAUCAAGCAUAAGCAGCCAGGGUAGCAUGAACAUGAAUUGGCUUGGUCUGACUCUGCCUGAAAGACUAGAAGCACCUCCUAGCUAUGCAGACGUGGUCACAGAGGAAAACAGACAGUCUGGCCUUGCACCUGUAGCUGCUUUUGAUGAUUUUCAGAGAGCACUGCAAGGACCAUUAUUUCCAUAUAUCCAGGAGUUUCGUUUUCUGCCUCCUCCCCUAUAUUCAGAAAUUGAUCCAAACCCAGAUCAGCCCACAGAUGAGAUACCGUCUUUCCCCUCUCGUUGAAGGAAUCCAUAAAAAGCUGACUUGACUUGGCUUUUGAAUCACACUUGUGUUGAAGAUCAAGGUGUGAUAGUGGAGACUUGCUUUUAAAGGGAAUUGUAUUGCUCUUGCCUGUAUGGUGAAAAAAUGAAAAGAACCUGUGAUCAUGCUUUGGCACCUACAGCACAUCAUAGGACUUCUCCACGUGCUUGAAAACCUGCGUUCCCCUCCAUUAAAUAGCGGCACAUACUAGGAGCAGCCUUAUUAGUGUGCAGUCAGGUGUUUCAAAACACUCAAACCACGUUAUAAGAGAGGAA